UGAACGUGAUUGAGGAGCCUGCAUGCUGUGUAGUGCACACGCCGCCGCAGAAUAGCGCCACACUCCUCUCACGAACUGCGGGUCAUGGCGCUACGGACUGUCCUAAACUUACCUUGUUUUUUAAGUGUACUCGGCGUGUUUUUCCUCACCUAUGUCCCACAUCGGGCGCUGUCCUGUCCGAGCCGCUGUUUAUGUUUUCGUACCACUGUCAGAUGUAUGCAUUUAAACCUGGAAACUGUACCCGCGGUUCUUCCUCAGACCACCAUCCUAGACCUGAGAUUCAACAAAAUCAAGGAUUUACAGCCAGGGUCCUUCAGACGAUUAAAGAACCUCAAUACACUCCUUUUAAAUAACAAUCAUAUCAGAAGAAUCCCAAGAGGAGCCUUUGAAGAUUUGGAAAACCUUAAAUAUCUUUAUUUGUACAAGAAUGAAAUCCAGACAAUAGACCGGGAAGCCUUUAAGGGACUCGUCUCUUUAGAACAACUAUACCUGCACUUCAACAACAUUGAAUCAUUGGAGGCAGAGUCUUUCUCUCAUCUUCCCAAGCUUGAGCGUUUAUUUUUGCACAACAACAGAAUAACUCAUUUGACUUUAGGAACGUUCUCCAAUUUGCAGUCCAUGAAGAGACUGCGUCUGGACUCAAACACGCUGAACUGUGACUGUGAGUUGCUGUGGUUGGCCGAUCUGUUGAAGCAGUACGCAGAGUCCGGUAAUGCUCAGGCCGCAGCUACGUGCGACUUUCCCAGCCGCUUGCAAGGACGCUCGGUCGCAACUCUUACUGCAGUGGAGCUUAGCUGUGAAGUGCCACGGAUCACAUCUGAGCCUCAGGAUGUUGACGUAACCUCUGGGAAUACUGUGUACUUCACCUGCAGGGCAGAGGGCAACCCCAAACCACAGAUCAUCUGGCUCAGAAACAACAAUGCUCUGAACAUGAGGGACGACACUCGUCUGAAUCUUCUUGAAGAUGGAACCCUGAUGAUUCAGGACACCCGCGAGACAGAUCAGGGCGUGUAUCAAUGCAUGGCCAAAAAUGUUGCCGGAGAGGUGAAGACCUCUGAGGUCACCUUACGAUACUUCAGAUCACCAUCUCGUCCCAGUUUUGUGAUCCAGCCGCAGAACACCGAGGUUCUGGUGGGUGAAAGCGUGACCCUGGAGUGCAGUGCCACGGGUCAGCCACAGCCUCGUAUUACCUGGACUAAAGGAGACCAAACGGCCUUGCCGGUGGAUACUCGCAUCAACAUCACACCUUCUGGAGGUCUUUACAUUCAGAAUGUCAAUCAAGCUGAUGGAGGACAGUACACCUGCUUCGCAAGCAACAAUAUUGAUACCAUCCGUGCCAAUGCUAAUAUUAUAGUUCAAGCUCGCCCUCAGUUCACGGUGACUCCUCAGGAUCAGUCAGUGUUGGAAGGUCACACAGUCGAUUUUCACUGCGAAGCCAGUGGUUACCCCCAACCGGUCAUAGCGUGGACGCGUGGCGGCAGCUCUCUGCCCAAUGACAGAAGACAUGUUAUCCUUUCCACGGGCAGCUUGCGAAUCAGCCGUGUGGCUCUUCAUGACCAAGGCCAGUACGAAUGCCAAGCGGUCAGUCCUGUUGGCACUGCCAGAGCAGCUGUUCAACUGAACAUCCUUCAGUCCGUAAGGCCUGUUUUCACAAAUGCUCCAAGGGAUUUGACUGUGGAGUCUGGAUCAGAUGUCCAGAUUCCAUGCAGUGCUCUGAGUGAGCCAACACCUAUCCUCACAUGGAGCAAGGAUGGAGUCCAGAUUACAGAGAGCGGGAAGUUUCAUAUCAGUCCUGACGGUUAUCUGUUAGUGAAUGAUGUGGGCCUUGCUGAUGGAGGAAGAUACGAGUGUGUAGCUCGUAACUCCAUAGGUUAUUCCUCGUCGAGCAUGGUCCUAACGGUGCAAGUCCCACAGGUGAGCAGGGAGGGCGAUCCAUUCGUCUCAACUUCCCUUGAAGAGGCCAUUCGGAGUAUAAACAGUGCAAUAGACUCUACCAGGAGGCAGCUCUUUGACGGAUCUCCGCGUACCCCAGCCGAGCUGCUGGCUCUUUUCCGAUAUCCUCGGGACCCUUACACGGUGGAGCAGGCCAGAGCUGGAGAGAUUUUUGAGCAGACGUUACUCCUCAUUCAGAGACAUGUUAACCAGGGCCUCAUGGUGGAUACUAAUGGAACAGCCUUCCGCUACAAUGAUUUGGUGUCACCACGUUUCCUGGAUAUGAUUGCUAACCUGUCUGGCUGCAGAGCCCAUCGACGCUUCAACAACUGCUCGGAUAUCUGCUUCCACCAGAAGUAUCGCACCCACGAUGGCACGUGUAACAACCUGCAGCACCCGAUGUGGGGAGCCUCGCUCACUGCCUUCGAGCGCUUGCUCAAGCCCGUCUACGACAACGGAUUCAAUCUCCCUCGUGGUACCAUUCAGAGAUUGCACAACGGCUCACCUCUGCCACUUCCACGGCUCGUGUCUACCACCAUGAUCGGGACGGAGACCAUCACCCCUGACGAUCGCUAUACCCAUAUGCUCAUGCAAUGGGGCCAGUUCUUGGACCACGACUUGGAUUCGACCGUCGUAUCCCUUAGCCAGUCCCGUUUCUCAGAUGGACAGUUGUGCACUUCGGUGUGCACCAACGACCCACCUUGCUUUCCCAUCAUGUUCCCACCCAACGACCCUCGGCAGCGACGCAGUGGAGCGCGUUGCAUGUUCUUCGUGCGCUCCAGUCCUGUUUGCGGCAGCGGAAUGACCUCUCUGCUCAUGAAUUCGGUUUAUCCACGUGAACAGAUGAACCAGCUCACCUCCUACAUCGACGCUUCCAACGUGUACGGCAGCUCGAAGCACGAGGCAGAAGAGAUCCGUGACUUGGCCAGCCACAGAGGAAUGUUACGGCAGGGUAUCGUUCAGCGCACCGGCAAGCCGUUGCUGCCGUUCGCCACCGGGCCACCGACCGAGUGCAUGAGAGAUGAGAACGAAAGCCCCAUCCCUUGCUUCCUAGCUGGUGAUCAUCGAGCCAACGAGCAGCUUGGGCUGACAGCUAUGCACACGGUUUGGUUUCGCGAACAUAAUCGCAUUGCGAACGAGUUGCUGCGCCUCAACCCGCACUGGGACGGUGACACCAUUUACCACGAGGCACGGAAGAUAGUUGGAGCCCAGAUGCAGCACGUAACAUACAGCCAUUGGCUGCCCAAGAUACUCGGCGAGGCUGGAAUGAGGAUCAUGGGUGAAUAUAAUGGCUAUGAACCCAAUAUCAAUUCUGGUAUCCUCAAUGCUUUCGCGACCGCUGCCUUCCGCUUCGGCCACACGCUCAUUAAUCCAAUUCUGUAUCGGUUGGAUGAAAACUUUGAGCCCAUCCAGCAAGGACACAUUCUGCUGCAUAAAGCUUUCUUCUCGCCUUUCCGCAUCGUAAAUGAAGGAGGCAUCGAUCCGCUGCUCCGUGGCCUGUAUGGAGUUGCGGGAAAAAUGCGAGUGUCCACUCAACUGCUUAACACGGAGCUUACGGAACGUCUUUUCUCCAUGGCGCACGCUGUGGCUCUCGACCUCGCUGCCAUGAACAUUCAGAGGGGUCGUGAUCACGGUAUCCCACCGUAUAAUGACUACCGAGUGUUUUGCAAUCUUACAUCCGCUCAAACGUUUGAGGAUCUGAGGAAUGAGAUUCAGAACCCCAGCGUACGGGAAAAGCUUCAAAGACUCUAUGGCACACCUCUGAAUAUUGACUUGUUUCCUGCUCUGAUGGCUGAAGACCUGGUGCCCGGCAGCAGACUGGGACCAACUCUGAUGUGUUUACUGGCAACCCAGUUUAAACGGCUGAGAGAUGGUGACCGGUUUUGGUACGAGAACCCAGGCGUUUUCACCCCUGCACAGUUGACUCAGUUGAAGCAGACGUCUCUCGCCCGUGUGCUGUGUGACAAUGGUGACAACAUCACCCGCAUCCAAUCAGAUGUCUUCAGUGUGGCAGAGCUUCCUCACGGCUAUGGGAGUUGUGAUGAUCUGCCCAAGAUUGACCUGCGGAUGUGGCAGGACUGUUGUGAAGACUGUCGCACCAAAGGUCAGUUCAAUGCCCUGUCAUACCACUUCAGAGGUCGGAGGUCAGUGGAGCACAGCUAUGCUGAGGAGAAACCUGGCAGUAACAUCACAGAUUACCACAGCACUUUGAGAGAUGCUCAAGCUAACAUAAAUGUAUCACCACAGUCAAGCACUGAACCCACAGUCAAGGAUUUCCAGGACUUUGUUACAGACAUGCAAAAAACUAUCACGAGUUUACGAAAACAGAUAAAAAGACUUGAAGGCCGUCUGAGUAAGAGCGGCUGCACUGAUGAGGAGGGAAGAGAACGAGAAGACGGAGAAAGCUGGAAGAAGAACCACUGCACCAUGUGUCAGUGUAAAGAGCCCCAGGUGACGUGUUUCGUGGAAAAGUGCUCGCCGGUGGCAUGCGUGAAUCCCGUGACACCUAAAGGCUCGUGUUGUCCCGUGUGUCUCCACCAACAGCAGGAUAAUGAACAUCACAUAUAACCUCAGGACACUUAACCGAUGUGACCGUGAGCUCACGUCCCCAUGUUUUUUGUCAUCUUUCAGGGUUUUUUAUUGUUUGCUAUGUAUUGGUAUGUUUUAAUAGCGCCCCUCCACUUCACCUGGCAAGACAAAAAGCAUAAACGCGCAUUAUCUGUCUUGAAGUAUUUGAAUGGACAGAUGGAUGAAUGUGGGACUCCCUCCCUCAGGCCUCGGAUGACACCCGGAGUUGCUCAUUGACGGCGUAACCCCAGCCAAUGAAACGUCUCUGGACACGUCAUCUGUCCGGGAGCAUUCUCAGGUGGGAGAUGCUAAGAACUGGUGCUAUUUUACCCGAGUCUUAAAAGUAUUGUUUUAUGCGUUUUAUUGUUUUGCAAUAUACAAUGCAUCAUAUAUAUAUAUAUAUACACUCAUUAUGUGCUUUUGAAAACCACAUCUGAGCGAAUGUUGUUUUGUAGUUACUCUAAAAAUAAAAUUCAAAGCGAUUAUACUUUGACUAACGGUACAUUCACACGGGGCGUCAGAGUUAACGCUUCUCAUUUACUUUGAAUGGGUGACGUCAUACGUUGCUGAAUUGAAUUGUGGAUCCGUCGACGUCGCGUCAGAAGUUGAACAUCUCUCAACUUUUCGAGCGCCAACGUGUGCAUCAGCCAAUCAGAUUGCCUUAUGCAGCCAGAACAUAAUGUUUGUGCACGACCGGAGCACAGAGAAACACGUUCUGUUGGCCACCCUUCAGACCCGUCUUUCGUCAAGCGUUAACGCUUACGCCCGUGUUUAUGUACUGUAAAUGUUUAUGGUGCGUAGUGUCAUAUUCAGAACACAUGUAGGACUGAAUCUCCCGCUUUGGAUCUUCCUCAUGUGAAGAAUAAUGUGAAUACAAAUAUUUGCGAUGGGGAAAGAGAAACGCUACUGAUCACCAAAUGUUUGUUUCCCGAACUCGAGACUUGGUUUGCUUUACCUUGACAGAAAGAUGUUUUCGGGAGGUAGAAGGUUUCCGUCACGAGGGUCUCUGUUAAGAUGUUACUGUACGUUUCUAUAACACACCAGCACAGUAUUUAUUUCCUUAUGUUCUUAUUAUGAAUGAAGGUUCAGAUGUUUCCUCCAGGCCUCAAACAGUGUUAGGAUAUAAAGGAUGUAAACAAUUGCAGUUACAUCACUUGAAGCGUACACACUUCUCUCCAUUCGCAUCAUCCAGAUUUCUUUUGUGUUUACAAAUGAUGUAAACUUUGACACAUUAAUAACAGAGGCCUAUCAUUUAUCUCUUUUCUUUUGUGUGGUCUCACUUAUAAAGAUAAAGCCAUAUGAAAGGGACUGCAAUGGUGAAAGACGUCCCUUUUCUUUCUAGACUACUACCCCUUUAAAAGCAUUCCCAUUGCAGACUGGUUAAUAAUCACGGAUCACUGUUUGGUUUGUAUUUUUACUCUCAUGUUUGUUAUUGUCUCCUACAGUAUGUGACACUCAGGUUGUGUCCAUGUCAGGGUUUUAUUACUCCCAAAUGGUGUUCCUUCCCUCCCUAAUGAUCUUACGACUUCCCCAAAAUCAAACUGUACCUAUCUGCCGUGGAAUGCACUGCCCAUCAGGACUGAACACGCUCGAGUCGAUUCUCAUACGUUUUGUAUUUUUGCCAAAGAUUGUUUGCACUGUAAUGUAUUCAUUUCAACAAUAAUAAAAUGACCACAUAUGAAAUAGAAAACUGUGUCAUUUUCAAUAAAAAUGCAAAAGUAAACCAACAAAUAA